CUUUGCAAACAUAACAUUCUUGCCCGAAAAUGGCUAGGAGAGGAGCUUUGAGUGACGGAACCGUAUUGUUCCAGAGGGCGGAUCGUAUGUACCGUGAGCACCAAGAUUGGUUUAAAGAAUCUUUGAGGGGCCGAGCUGAAGUGCACAGAGACGGUCGGCAUGUUCAACGUAGGAGGGGCGUGGCGAGCAAAGGGGGUGGUUUUUAGUAGUAGAUUACAAAUGAGAAUGGGGAUAAACGGAGCUUCGUAGCCCUUGUAAUAUCUUCUGUAAGCGGGAGGCAUCCUGCAACAACUCGGAAGAAAGGUCUCCAGUGUUAAUUUGAAGCCUCCACGAGCAAGUACAGUAGCUUCUAAGUAAAGUGAUGCACAUGAAAUAACAAGACAUUAAACUAAAAAAAUGACAUCUGACAGACGGAGCAUAGAUAAGCUACAGUGAUUCUACAGCAGGCGUGAGAACCGGCAACGUCUUGACACUUUCCUUGAAGCCGAGGGCUGACAACGACGCUUCGCGGCUACCGUGCCGUAGGACCUUCUCUGGACUAUUAGCCUGGUUGCAUGUCGCUUAUUUCCGCAGUGUCAGCUCUAAGCGGAUAACCUGAAGAGUGUGGGCUUUCUUCUUUUGGUGAAUUGUGGCUGUGCCAUAAACAUGUGCAGCCGACUUGAUUUUCUCCAAUCCUUUGGCAUCUUACAGGCCGCCUGGGAUAUACUGUGAGCUUUGCGCCUGUCAGUCCGUCUGAGGCCGCUGGGAUGAAAUGAGGCUCAGGCAUGGUACUGUGGCUAUCGUGUUGAUCUUCACCUCCCUCCUCAGCCUCUCGUGGUAUACCGCCUGGCAGAAUGGCAAAGAAAAGUUAACUGCCUACCAACGAGAGUGCCAUGCCUUAAAAGAACGCCUCCAUGUGGCUGAACUACGCACUUUGCAUCGCUCAUCUGAACUCAGCACUAUCUUAGAACAUUUCAGACGUGCCAUAGCAGAGACCAAUGGCAGCAAAGACUCCCUUGCCAACUUUUCAGAGACACAAAAGCUGUUGAAAGAACUUUCCCAGAAGAAACCAUUACAAGUGCCAAAUAUCUACUACCAUUUGCCUCACUUAUUGAACAAUGAGGGCAGCCUUCAACCUGCGGUACAGACAGGUCAAGGAAGAACAGGAGUUUCUAUUGUGAUGGGAAUACCAACAGUAAAGCGAAAAGUCAAGUCCUAUCUUGCAGAAACUCUCCAUUCCUUAAUUGACAAGCUUACUCCAGAAGAGCAAAAGGACUGUGUUAUAAUAGUCUUUGUGGGAGAGACUGAUCUUGACUAUGUUCAUAGCGUUGUGAGGAGCCUAAAGAAAGAAUUUUCUACAGAAAUCAAUUCUGGGCUGUUAGAAGUCAUCUCUCCUCCAACAACCUACUAUCCGGAUUUUGCAGCCUUGAAGGAGACCUUUGGUGAUUCAAAAGAGAGAGUCAAGUGGAGAACAAAACAGAAUCUUGACUAUUGCUUUCUUAUGAUGUAUGCAGUAAACAAGGGAGUCUAUUAUGUACAGCUGGAAGACGACAUUGUUGCCAAACCAAACUAUUUCCUGACCAUGAAAAACUUUGCACAGCAGCUAACAUCUGAGGACUGGAUGAUUUUGGAAUUCUCACAGCUUGGAUUUAUUGGGAAGAUGUUCCAAGCGCCUGAUCUUAAUCUGAUUGUGGAGUUCAUAUUUAUGUUCUAUAAAGAAAAGCCAAUUGACUGGCUCCUUGAUCAUAUCCUUUGGGUGAAGGUCUGCAACCCAGAGAGAGAUGCGAAGCACUGCGAGCGUCAGAAAUCCAGUCUGCGUGUCCGGUUCAGGCCAUCCCUCUUUCAACAUGUGGGUCUUCAUUCAUCUCUGGCUGGGAAAAUCCAGAAACUCACGGAUAAAGACUUUCUGAAGCCUUUACUACAGACAGUUCAUGUGAAUCCCCCAGCAGAGGUGUCUACCUCUUUGAAGGUUUACCAAGGACAUAAUUUGGAAAAGACCUAUAUGGGAGAAGAUUUCUUCUGGGCCAUAACACCCAUUGCAGGAGACUAUAUUCUCUUUAAAUUUGACAGACCAGUCAAUAUAGAAAGAUAUGUUUUUCGAAGUGGUAAUACAGAACAUCCAGGGGACAUAAUACAGAACACAACCGUGGAGGUUUUGCCUUUUUCUGGACCUGGACUGAAAACCAAAGAGAAACUGAAACACAAGAAGGAUGGAUUUUAUACAAUAGGAAAAUUUAAAAAUGGUGUGGCAGAGUCUACUGUCGAACCCAAGUUCAAUCCAGUUUCAGGGCUCCGACUUUCUUUCCUGCAAAACUCGUCUGUUUGGGUGAUUCUCAGUGAGAUUCACAUUAAAAAAGCUGCAGGCUAAUUUGCUUUAGUGGUAAGUGUUAUGCCUCCAGAUCCUGCCGAACACAGAGAGACCACCUACAAAAGAACAAGGCUGGUGUGCUGGCUUGAAGUGGUGUGUUCUCUUGACUCUACCUCGUGCAACUACUGUAUCAACGGUCAUCAUUCUACUCCAGUGAAGUAGGAAGAAGAAUUCUGGGAAUUAUAUGAAAACAAUAAACUCAGCAGUAUUUUUUUUCCCAUUGCAGACCCCUUUAGUUUACUGCCCUACACAAAAUUAAAUUGUUGGCAAUAUAAAAGAAUCCGUUUUAACUGUCGAGUAAAGUUUAGGUGGCCACUCCUCACAGGUGCUGGACGAGUAUUUUUUCUAUCUUCGGGGGUUUACUGAAAGAAUGUCACAAACUUUGACCUGAUUGUACACACUCAUGACUUCAUUGUGAUAGGUCACAUCAUUAUAUGACUAAUAUUUAAGUAUACUCAAGUCGUAAUAAACCUCUUGUGCUAACAGUUGAGAAGUGAAGGAGAACCUUAUAGGUCAUGUGCUAUGGUAGCCAUUUUAGUUAAUUUCCAACUCACUUCUGUUCCGUGACCAUUGGGCUCAUUGAUCCUAAACCUUUUUAGCAUAAAUACACACAACGUUAACUACAGCAAGGGUAUCCGAUUCAUUUCUUGCAGAUUGUUGUUUCGGCCAGAUUCUUAAAUUGGAGUUAGUUGUCUUUACUUUUUACUGAAUUUCCUAUUUUAUUUAGACUGAUUCUAGCAAAUUCUAAAUUUAUAACAAGGGUAAAUCAAAAAGUAAAAUUACGCCGUAGUUGCAGCGGUUGAAAGCCAACACAAUACGAACACAUUUGCAAAGGCUUAUGGGUAAUUUGAAUACGUACAGCACAGUCUAGUUUAGUGGAAGCCAAGAUCACAUUAACAUGGGCGAUCUACUGCAGGAUUGCACCAUUAUUGAACAAUGUGGUGCAGGCGAGGGAGUGAUACCUGUUGAAAUUUAUCAGAGGAUGUUGACUUGUGCAGAUUAAUAAGCUGUUUGGGUUCUCCUCUCGUACAGACUUUAUGGUACCCCAAGUCAUCAUGCACUUUGACUUCCAGAUCCCUAAAUAAUGAAAGCAUUCGCCUUGUAGGUGUGGCCUUGUGUGUGAUGCUGAUGGCUGACCAGAUGAAGAUGUGUUGGUUACCAUUGAGAUUUUUUGGGCAGAGGGAGUGAAACCUGCUGAAAUUCACCAAUGGAUGUUGGUUCAGUACGGAAAUUAAAAAAGAAGGACUUAACAAAAAGCUUAUGAAUGGGUAAAAAGAUUUAAGUUGGCAAGAACAAUUGGAACCAACCAAGCUCGAUAUGAUCGCCAUCAGCAUUGUGCACACAAGCCCACAUUGACAUGGAGAAGGCCUUCAUCAGUUUGUCCACUGUUGUUGCACAUUUGGAUAUCAGCUAUGGAUCCCGUGCACGGUGACUUGGGGGUACUGUAAAGAUUGUGCAAGAUGGGCACUGAAACAGCUUACUGAUCAGCACAGGUCCACAUCCUUUGGUGAACUGCAGCAGGUUUCACCCCCUCUGCUCAAGAUUCUCACUUCAGCAAUGGUGCAAUCCCGCAGUGGAGUGUCCAUGUUCAUUUGACCUUGGCUUCCACUAGACUAACAGGAGAGCGCUGCACUGUGUAUGUUCAAACUACCCAUAAGCCAUUGCAAACGUGUUGUAUUGUGUCACCUUCUAUCCGAGGUGGUUGCCAUAUAAUUUUCAAAUUGCCUUUACUUUUUGCUUUACCCUUACAGAGGCUCCUUUUCCAUGAGUGUUCUCAAAAUGUUUUGAGGAGCAGAUCUGUACGUUUCAGUCCUUCUCUUCCCUUUAUUUCUGAAUUUUUGUACUGACAGAUCUUUGGAGGAUACGGGUAUCUGUUGCUCAUCUUGUUGUUUAUAUCUCUUUCUUAAUUGUCCAUUGGUUAAGAAAGAGAAGAAGCAAAUGGCCGUCCUCAGCUGUAAUUAAGCUGAAACGGCUCCAUUUGCAGCAAUAAUUAACAAAACUGGACAACAAAAAAAUUGAAAUUGAACUUGACAACUCAAUUACUGUUUUGUGGGGAUUGUGAAUUUAUAAAAAUAAGGCAAGUGCCUAACAAUCCAAUUAAUUUACGCAUUUCCUUGGUAUCCUAAGACAAUGAAACGUGGCUUUUUGGACUAUGGUGUAAAUCUAGAUUGCCCCUAAAUUGUCACGUGUGCAAGUCAAGUCAAGCGCUGCCAUUUGUACCCUGGGUCUCCAGCCCUCAGGUUGUGCUGAAUUCAGCUGCAGCUUUGCACGCGUGACCCUGAGAUGGUCCGUAUGUUCUGUUGAUGAAGCCAUCUCAAACAACAGAGCAGAUGAUGCUUGAAAAUGAACACGCACAUUUUAUUUUUUUUUAGCCUUUGCUCCCUCACUUGUUCAUUUUCUCUGCCCGCUUAUUGUAAUGCAGGGCUGUGGGGAGCUCAACAGUAUUAUGGCAACCUUUGACUGCAAGGCAGGAGGCGACGCAAUCCGUCAGGGUGCACAGGACCACUUUACCAAUAUGGAGGCUGACCAGAGUGUAUGUGCGAGACCAGUCACUUGACCUGAGCUCGGAGGCUGGGUGCACAUUUUUUAAUAGAGAGGACAAAACAAUGUACUGGUUGUUUGACCUUUUUGAUGGCAUUCAGCAUAUCUGAAGAAUAAUCUGAGAGAUCUGGUACAGAUUGUGGGGGGCAAUUUGGAAAAUGUUAAUCACUUUUAUGAAUUGUUUUCCAGAACUUUUGCUGAUCCAAGGCUCACCUUGCAUAUAAAUAUACAUAAUAUGUACUGCGUUUUAUAAAAAGCCAAGGCCGCCAAAUCUAGCCACUUAAGAAAUAGUAAGGGCACUGCACACUGGGGAACAGAAUCCAACAUGGGAAUGAAAUCUGACGGCCAACAUACACUCCCGCAUGUUUUAGAGUAGGGAGGUACGUGGAUUAGUGUGACGAUUGGCAGCCCUGUUGUUGUUGCUCACGUGAUACGAUGUACAGUCCAGGCUUGAACAGAAUUAUCUUUUUUUACACAUUCUUCAUGACUAUUAAGGCUGUGAUCAGCUGCACUUUUUACAUAAUCUUAGCAAGUUGUCGGCAGUUGUGUCACACUCCUGUGACGGCCCGUUGUGUAGUCUGACAUACUCAGUGACUUCAGUCCAACCAGGCCGCGACUCGCUCUGAGAAUAUCAAAGCGCUUUGAUUUGUCUUUAGUUGUAGGAGUGGGCUGUGUGUGCGAGCAUGAGAGCUGACAACCAAUGAACGCUCGCCCAGACGCACACUUACAUAGAACAGUAUUUUUCCCCAGGGCUUUUUACAGAAGUGCUUUAAAUUAAAUAAAUAAAUACAUAAAUAUGUAGAUAAGUAAGUGAAUAAUAAAAAACAAUUACACACACACCAGAAUGACUAUAAUGACAGAAAAUUAAAAAGUCCCAGUGAGGCAUUAUGCAGACACAUUGCUGUUGGUGUGAUGGAGCCCCAGUUGCAUUUCUUGACAAAGUUCUGCUUAAUAAUUCAUUGGCUCAAACUCCUCAGUGUUGGUGUGUCUGAGAGAGGAUGUCCAGCUUUGUUCAUAAUGGCAUUCAGUUUUGUUGUAAUUCUCUGUUACUGGUCCAGCACACCAUAGCGUAGAACAUCACCCUGGCCAUCUCAGAGUUAGAGGAGAUGUGAAGGAUGUCCUAAGUAAGAACGGCCUGCUCUGCCCUUUCUUUCCUCUGUGUUCCGUGACCAGUCCAACCUGUCAUUAAUAAGGAUCCCUAAGCACUUGUAGGAGUGGACCACCUCUACAUCCAUUCCUUGAACAGUGACAGGACAUAGAGGCCCUUUGGUGCGGUGAAAGUCAAUAUCUAGCUCCUUGGUUAUGUUGAUGUUAAGAUACAGGCAAUUCUCUUUGCAUCAAGAAACAAAGUUCUCAACCUGACUCCUAUACUCUGUCCCAUCCCCUUUAUGAAUUCACUCCAUAUGUGCAGGGUCAUCUGAGAAUUUCUGCAAGUGACAUGACCUGGUCUUAUAUUUGUAGUCGUAGGUGGACAGAGUGAGGAGAAAAUGAGACAGGACUAUUCCUUGUGAUGCACCAGUGUUGCUCACAUUCAUAUCAGAAACACAGUCCUUCAGGCUCACAAACUGUGGUCUGCCCGAAAGUCCAUAAUCUAGGACACCACAGGCUCAUCCACCUGUAUGUCUUUUAAGCUUACCCCUUAAAGGGGAUGGUUGGAUGGUGUUGAAGGUGCUGGAGAAAUAAAAAAUAACCCUUACAGUGCUGCCAUCUUUGUCCAGGUGAGAAUAAGCCUUGUGGUGCAAUUAGAUAUUUGCAUCCUACACUUCAAUCUUUGACCAAUAGGCAAACUGUAGUGAGUCUAGGUGGUCUACCAAAAGAGAACUCAUAUAGUUCAAGACUAGUCUCUCAAAGGUCUUCAUGAUGUGAGGUGUAUGUGCCACUGGUCUGUAGUCAUUAGGUGAAGAGGCACCUGCCUUCUUUGGAACAGGAACAAUGUAGGAUGUUUUCCACAGCAGUGGUACUUUCUGAAGCCUUAGGGAAAGACUGAACAGAUGACAGAGGACACCACAGUGUUGGUCAGAACAUCAGCCUUAAGAACUUGAGGAUUGGCUCCAUCUGGUCCUGUAGCUUUUCCUGUGUGUAGCUCCCUCAAUUGUCUCCUUACUUGGUCUUCAGUUAUGGAUAGUCCUCACUAAUGGUCAGAAGUGGACUUAUCACUGGCAGUUCCAGUUGAUGUGGUAGGGGAGACUGGUCAUUGGGAGAAGGUGGCAGUGGGAUGGAAAAUCUAUUAAAAAAUUGGUUCAGGUCAUUAGCUUUGUCCACUUUUACCUUAUGGCACCUGAGCCCUGGAUUGUUUGUGCCCAGUAAUUAUACCCAGUCCAUUCCAGAUAUCCUUCAUUAUAUUCUGAGUGAGUUUGUUUUCUAUUUUCACUUUGUAAGCUUCCUUUCCUUCACUCAGCUUUUUCUUUAGCACACAGUGUAUGUCCUUCAGAGCCCCUUUGUCACUGGAUAUGAAUGCUGUGUUCUUCUCAUUCAGGAGACCUUUUAGCUCCUUAGUAAUCCAGGGUGUGUUGUUUGGAAAGCAACACACUGUCUUUAUGGGUACCACAAUGUCGACACAGAAGUUUAUAUAGUCUGUGAUGCAGUGACAGAGUCCCUCAAUAUCGUUCCCAUGUGACUCGCAUGUCAUUUCCCAGUUUGUCAUUUGCAAGCAGUCAUUCAAAGCCAUUGCAGCCUCCAGGCUUCACUUCCUUACUAUUCUGGUGGUAGCAGGUUGCCGUCUAAUAACAGGCUUGUAGUUGGGAAUAAGAUGAAUCAGGUUGAGGUCAGAUUUGCGUAAAUCAAGCUGUGGAGCAUGCACUGGUACAGUGCGUUGCCGCACCCACUGCACGACAAAACAACUUGGGAUCCCUGUUGGCAACACCCCAAGCAGACACACAGUCCAGUCCCACCCUCCGGAAAUGACCCUCUAUCUGCCGCAGCCAGGUGUUAUGUGGGCGACCCCUUGGCCUGGUCCAGCCACUCGGGUCCCCAACAAUGAGGAUCUUACGAGCUGGAUCACCCUCAGGGAAACGCACCACGUGGCUGUAGUGCCGUAACUGAGGCUCCCUCACAAUGCAGGUAAUGUGCCUCAUUCGGGACUCCAUGAGCAACCGCUCAUUCGACACAAAGUCAAGCCAACGGUACCCAAGGAUUUACCGGAGAGACACAAUACCAAAGGAGUCUAGUCUUCGUCUCAGGUCACUGGAUAGCAUCCAUGGCUCGCAACCAUAUAGCAAGACAGGAAGCACCAGGACUCUAAAGACUUAGACCUUCGUCCUUUUGCAUAGAUAUCGGGAGCACCACACACCCCUUUCCUCAUGAGCCCCCCCCCCUUGCUCUCACAAUUCGUCUACUGCCUUCAUAGGAAGUGUCACCAAAGACAUGAAUGUCACUGCCAAGGUAAGUAAACCCCUCGACAAGGUCGACACUCUCUCCGCAAACAGACAAAUUGCUGAUGGCUGUGCCCAAGAGGUCAUUAAAGGCCUGGAUCUUGGUUUUUAUCCAGGACACUCACAAGCCCAGACACUCAGACUCCUCGCUCAGUCUCUCAAGUGCCCCGAUCAGAGCCUCCAUUGACUCUGCAAAGAUCACAGCAUCGUCAGCAAAGUCAAGAUCAGUGAAUCUUUCUUCACCAACAGAUGCCCCACAGCCUCUGGACCCCACGACCUUGCCCAACACCCACCCACAACCCUGAGGAACCCCAGAAUCAACUGGGAAAAACGCAGAGGUUCUGCCUCCACUCUGCACAGUACCUACAGUACCAGUGUACAGGCCGGCCAUGAUAUCUAGCAACCUCGAGGGGAUCCCGCGAACCCUCAGGAUGUCCCACUGGGCAGCUCGAUCAACUGAGUCGAAUGCUUUGCGAAAAUCGACAAAGGCUGCAAAGAAACUUUGCCGAUAUUCACGUUUGCGCUCCAUGAGAACCCUCAGUGCCAGGAUGCGGUCGAUGGUAGACUUCUUAGGCGUAAAUUGAAGACCUUCCGUCUGGAAUGUUUGCUUUCAGUGCUGGAUUGACACUGUGGCGCAGACCGUCCAAGGCCUUGACGUGGUUGCCGUGAGGGCCGAUAAAAAUGAACUUGAGCUCAGGUGUGUUUCUGAAAUGAAAUUUGGAUUUGCUUAUCAUUCCAAUCUCGGGCCUCUGCGCGUUACUUCAAACAUGGCUGCCAGCAGACCCUCUCCAGUCACAGCUGCUGGGCCUUCUGAGACGAGACUCGGCCCUGGUCUCCAAUCCGCUUCCUCUGUACGGUCUGGUAAGCACAAUGGGUACAAUGGCAGUGACUGAGCUGAGGGCUUUGCCCACCACUGGUUUCCAGUUGCAGCUAUAGUAAAAUGUUUCUAUUAACUUUUCUUCUAUACUGUAAAUAAGCUUCAAAGUGUAUAAUACAAAAGAUACAGAUGACUUAAUUUAUUUAAAAUAUAAAACCAAUGAUUCCUCAUUUUCUGUAAUUUUGACAGAUUAUUUUAUAUACAUGAAUGAAUGAAUGAAUGAAUAUAUAACUUUAAAAUGUUUCACCGAACUGAAGCUUGGUGCCCCUCUGCUACACAGUUCUGAAGGCAUAUUUAAAAACACGUGCCUUAACUGUCCGGCUAAUGAGAUAUGGCGGUGUGCAGUCCGAGUCUGGCACACACCCCCUUGAGCCUGAAACGUAACAUGCAUCUGAUUUAAAUAUAAUAAUGGAUUAUACAGUACUUGGUGGUUAGUUGCAUAUUCUAUUUGAAGAAAACAAAAAAACCUGCUUGAUAUGUCCUCACGGUAUUUAUGAUAAGCAGUUUUAGACUCGGGAUAUUUGUAACACACCUUUGUACAUUUUGGUGGAGUCGACUGCCAUUCUUUGUGCAUCGCCGUUUCUGUCGGUUCUGCUGAAGGCCCCGCCGUGUUUACACUCUGUACAUACGCUAGCCACAAGGUGGACUUUUCUACCACAUAUUAGGUGAACGAUAAGCUUUUCAAUUUCUAUUUCUUACCUUCAUGUCUUUAUUCAGCAAAACAAGGAUAAUUUUAACCCUUCGUUUCCUGCUUUUUGGAUUGGGCAGGAAAAAAAUUAUAGAAACCCUUUGCAUCUUGGGUAACUUGAUUUCAUUGGUUUAGAUGGCUGGCAGCCUGCUCUAGAACAGAAUUAAUAAAUGUCCGCUUUUUAUUUUUUCCACAGUUUCUUCAUACUGCCUGAACUCCUUUGUACAAAGUGUUUUUUGUUUCUUUUUGGUAAAUUUGUAAAUAUUAUUGGAAAAACUGCUGCUAUAAUAUCAUAAUAUAUGGGUCAUGUGCCUUUCAUCAACUUGUGUUGUCAAGGUGCCAUAUGUUAACUUGUACUUUAUUAAAAUAUAAGGUGACCUUAA